UGGUAUAAUUCAACAUUGUGAGGUGUGAAAACAGAUCCUGGUUAUAGUUUUGAAUAAAACAUGGUGUGACGCACACAGGUUUUACAGCAUAUGUCUGUGUGCUUUGUGGGUGAGCUGAUGAUUAAUUAUUUACACCACUCUUCGUCAGACCACAGUGGUGUUGAUUACAACACACUGGCUGCCUCCUCUCCUCGACUCCACAUCGACUCCAACAGGCUGAAAUUCUCACUUAUUUCUCUGAGUCCAUGGUACAUUUUCUGAAUGAUUUAAGACCUGCAGAUUCUCUCCAGAUUUCAUUGGCAUUCACAUUAUGGUGGAUAUAAACAUGUCAACAAUGAGCAGUGAUCAGCUGCAUCGCUCCACCUUGGGGAUUUACUCGAGCUUGAUGGAUGAGUUCAAUCCUGGUCUGCAGAAACUGGUUUCACUGGGCAACAGUUAUGUCCAAGGUUUCCAGGCGCUCUCUCGAACGAGUGAGGCCUACUACUCUGCACUUUCAAAGAUCGGAGAGCAAGCUUCCCGCACUAUGUCCUCACAUUCACUCGGGGAAGUGCUGAUUCAGCUCGCUGAAACCCAAAGGAGGCUCACGUUGGAGCUCCAGGGCCUAUUCCGCUGGUUCCACACAGAAGUUCUUCAAGAGAUGGACAAUAACAUCAGACUGGACAGAGACUAUUUAUCUAAGAGCAGGAGGCACUAUGAGAUGGAAGUCCACAGCCUGCAAACAGGUCAGCUGAGGAGAGGAACUAACCAGUUCCUGAAGCAGUGCCAUGCUGAUGCUCUGAAGGAGGAGGAGAGGCGCUACCGCUUCUUGGCUGAGAAACACUGUGGAAUGAUUGAGUCCACAGUCUGCCUGAUGGAUAAGAUGAGGGGUUUGCUCCAGCAGCGGGCAGAUACCUGGAAACACAACGUGAACGUCACCAGAAAGCCUGACGUCACACAGUCCAACAUGCCGGACAACAUGCUGAGAAUGAGAGAGGAGGAGAUCAGAAGGAGCAGAGAGGAGCAGCCCCUUGGCAAAGUUCCAUCAAGAGCUCCAUCUCCCCAGGGAAGAAUUUCUCGCUCUAGCUCUCCGACAGAUUUGGCUGGCUCAGGCGGAGGAGGACGGCUCAUGAGGGCGUUGUUGACUUACCAGCCCGGUUCCUCCAAUAGCAGCAUCCUCUCCUUCACCAAGGGAGAAAUUAUCACCGUGCUCGUCCGACAGGCCAGGAAUGGCUGGCUGUACGGGCGCACCAGCAUGAGUUCAUGUCAGGGAUGGUUUCCAGCAUCCUAUGUGGAAGCAGUGGCUGAUCCUCUAACGUCAACCAACUCCAGAAGCUCCACUCUCCGUGGAAGCAGCAGCAUGAAUAAUCUGCUCAGCCAACCAGGGAGCAGCAGCUCCAGUGGAGCUCCGCCUCCACCGCCACCACCACCACCAUCAUCAUCAUCAUCAUUAUCAUCGCUAUCCUCCAAUAAACAAAGCACGUCGCUGCAUGACAAAAGAGCGGCGUCUGUUUCAGAAAGCAAGAAAUCACAUGCACACGGUCCAGGACCAGAACUCUUCCCAAGGGGCACCAAUCCAUUUGCUACAGUUAAGCUCAAGCCAACAUCCACCAAUGACAGAUCAGCCCCACGUUUAUAUCGUUGAUGGUGUCAUAAACCAGAUGACCUGCAGCUCUCAUUUGAUUCAAUUUUUUUUAAACAUUCCCGUAAACCAAUGUAUGUAUCAUGCAUACAUUUUUUUCUUUGCAAAAUCUCUUGACUUCAACAUUUUUCAAUGCAGAAUUUCUAUUGAUCCUAUUUGACAUUAAAAUCAAAUUUUCUUCUUUGAAGCACUUAACACAGUAUAUUUAUCCUCAACUUAUAAUAUGACUUACACGUCAUCUACUGGAGAAUAAAUAUUGAUGAUAUCUGUUUAAAGUGUAACUGAGGUUAAGAGAUAGAUGUUCUUGUAACCUAUGUGAUCUCAUUCUUCUGUUGUGUCACACUGUAUGUGGCUCAGGAAUAGGUGCUUUUGUUUAUUUUUAAUCUUUUUUGAUUACCGUUGUAAAAAUAUGUUUUGGUACGGGAAU